AUGGAAGCAAUGACUAUUAACACACCCUCACGAAUUGGAAGCUGGUCAUCGGCUAUUUCUCCACCUCUGCAGACGUGUGGAUCUUUCAAGUCGAAAUUACCAACGGCAAAUUCAACAAGAAGAGGCGUCGUUGUUGCAGAUCUUCAAAAUUCAAACUUCCAAUGGCGGAGAGUAUCAACGAGUAGAGGAAAUGUUGCAGCAGAAGCAGCUAGAGUCCCGACAUCGGUACCGGUAAGAGUGGCGCACGAGCUAGCUCAAGCAGGAUAUCGGUAUCUCGAUGUCAGGACACCAGACGAUUUCAGUAUCGGACAUCCGUCUAGUGCCAUCAACGUACCUUACAUGUACAGAGUCGGAUCAGGAAUGGUUAAGAACCCGAGUUUUCUGAGAGAGGUCUCGUCUCGCUUCAGGAAACACGACGAAAUCAUCAUCGGUUGCGAGAGUGGGGAAAUGUCGUUCAUGGCUUCAACUGAUCUUCUCACUGCUGGCUUCACGGGGAUCACAUACAUUGCUGGGGGAUACGUUGCGUGGACAGAGAAUGAGCUACCAGUAGAAGAGUGA